GUUUGUCACUUGAUCCAGCCAAGCGCUACGCAAAGGUAGUAGAUGAUGCCUUCCACAUAUCGGCUGCGGUGCUUGACACCACCUCUGUCACAGAUGAUGAAAUCAUUAGGGUCAUGGUAGAGGUGGAAGGCUAUGAAACACUCAUCUGCAAUCUGAGCAAAAAAUUGGGCAUCUUGCAAUGCCCACUGGACUUGCAGUUCAUGGAGGGCAGCCGCAUUGCCUUCUACACCCUGGGAGGCAAGGGUGUUGUCCACCUCUCGGGCUAUGUCAUUCCCGACUUGGAAGAUGAGCUGGAUGAGGAGGAAGAGGUAGAGGAAGAGGAGGAAAAUAGUGAUGAAGAAACCCCAGCACUGGUGCCGAUAAACAAGAAGAGAAAGCAACUGGAAAUCAAAGGGGCAGAUGCAAAGAAAGCGAAAGUGUUGCUUGGUGUAGAAGAGUUUGUAGAUGGCGAAGAGGAUGGGGAUGAUGACGACGACGAUGAUGAUGAUGAUGAUGAUGAGGAAGAAGAGAGUGAUGAAGAAGGUGAGGAAGAGGAAGAGGAAGAGAUCGAUGAUGAUGACGAUGAUGAACCAGAUGAGGAAGAGAGAGAGAUGAUGGAACAAUGAAAGGUAGUAGUUGAAGCUUUUAGGCUUUUGCUCAAGCCAAAUAAUGAAAAAUGAAAGUCAAGGGAUAAAACGCACAAGGAAAGGCUGAAAAUCCUGGAAAAUAAAGUGCAACACAAAAGCCAAAGGCGAAGGCACGGAACCAGAAAAAACCCAAAGGCGAAAGAGAAAGCAAAACAAGGUGCAAAGAUCCUGAAGUAAGGAAAGCGACAAACAAAACCCAAGAAGGAGGCAGUUACAUGAAUGGGUGAGCAGAAGAGCCUGAAAAACACACCAGCAGAUAGAAACUCCUCUGUAUCCUCAGACCCAAAGAUGAUGAAGAGUGGGGGUGAGGUUGAGGAACUUAAAGUUGGCAAGGAAAAAGCUAAACAGGAAAACAUGGUGUUCAUGUACUACGAGGGCAGAUUCCCCAAUGCAAAACGUUUGACAAAGUGUUCAGGGAGGGUAAGGGCUGUUCGGUUCCGGGUGGGGAGAGGAGAAGUAAUCAAGGGUUGGGAUAUGGCCAUUGUAGCAUGCAGCCUGGCGAGAAAUAGAAAGAUGUUUCUGCCCACCUAA